AUGUCCCAGGGCCAGGAAAACAGUUCCCUUGCUGAGUUGAUCAAACGAGAACGAGCCAACCUGAUCUCCAACGCUGUGCUCCAGCAUCUGAGGCUGAAGGGCAAACGUGUGACCUUUGACGAAAACGGCAACCUUGUGCUUGGGCCUUAUAAAUACGGUGGCAGUAAUUCCAAGAGUAACCAGGGCAGUCAUGCCAAUCUGGGACUCACUCUGUCUGGCCUGCUGGGCCAGGAGUCUCGUGAGCUGUCUUUAGAGAAUUCCGACGACGAGGAUGAUGAUGAUGAGGAUUCUGAGGAGACAGAUUCCAAGAAUGAGCGGAAUUCCAGCAAAGGCGGAUUGGGGCUUUCUGGAAGAUCCCAUCUGGCUUUUCUGGCAGCGAACUUGCUGGCUUUGAAGCGUUUCAGGUCUCAUCCACACGCCUCCACGUCCAUGGGCGAGUCCCAGCUGUUGGAAGGUGCCUACUUCUCUCACCAGAACUCCCAGUUCAAUCUUCCUGAGUUCAACAAAAGACCGCUUACUGAUACGCCUAUUGUGUCUGGAGUGGCGUCUCCAGAGACACGGGACCAGAGCGAGAGUGAGAGUGAAGAGCCGCUGGCAAAGGAGGAAAACAGGCAUCUCAAGAAUAUAUCCCACUUGAGCCUAGCGGAUUUGAAUGCGGUUUCUGCCAAGGUGGUUGACGCUUCGAGGCCUCUGAGCGGAUCAAUUCUGCCCAAGUCAACGGCAAAGGGCGUCAAGACUCUGCUGAUCCCAGCGCUAGAUGUCAAAGACGCCCCAACUGCUCCUGCUACUUCUCAAGAACCCAAAAUUAAGUCCGACUUCACUGUUGAUCCUGUUGAGCAGGACAAGCAGGCUGCCGAGACAGAGAAGAAAGCAAAGAAAGAAAUGAGCAAGGGCCAGCGUGCUGAGAAGCAGAAGAAGAAGGCAGAUGCUAAGAUUCUUGCUGAGAUCAAACAGAACCUUCUUCAGGAUGUUCCACCCGAGCUCCAGCAACAGUUUGAGAAAUCUCCAUCCAUAGAGCAGCUUAAGAGUGUUCUUCUCCUGAGUCCCUUCCAAAAAUCAAAGAAAGCAUACACACUCAAUAUCCCGGGCCAGACCUCGUCCAAGACAUCUCCAGACGGCCACAUUGCCUCUGUCGAUGUGGGCUCCAAGUUGGUCAUUGUCAUGGUCGGUCUUCCAGCCAGAGGCAAAUCCUACAUCACAAACAAACUUACUCGUUACUUGAACUGGCUUCAACACGACUGCAGAGUGUUCAAUGUGGGAAACACAAGAAGAAUGGACAAGGAGAACAUCCUUGGACCUGCCCAAAAGCCUUUGCCUGACACCAACACUCCACUGCCUCAUACUGGCCGGUCUCCAGAAACCAAGGCGUCUGCGUCCCACAUGGCUGAUUUCUUCAAUCCUGAGAACAAGGCAUCCAACGAUCUUCGUGAGAAGUGGGCCAUGGAUACUUUGGAUAACUUGCUCAACUGGGUACUCGACGGUCCCGGCUCGGUUGGUAUUUUGGAUGCCACUAACUCCACAAAGAAGAGAAGACUCAAGGUUCUCAAGAGAAUCCAGGAGCGGUCCAAGGGCGAACUCAAGGUGCUUUUCAUGGAGAGUAUUUGCUCUGAUCCUGCUAUUCUCGACACCAACAUUCGUCUUAAGUUGUCCGGUCCUGAUUACAAAGACAUGGAUCCCGAGGUGGCUCUCAGAGAUUUUGUUGGCAGAUUGCAGAACUACGAAAGGGCAUACGAAACCAUCGACGAUUCCGAAGAGGAAAUCGACGGCUUCCAGUACGUGAAGAUGAUAGACGUCGGUAAAAAGGUGGUGAGUUUCAAUGUCCAGGGCUUCUUGGCCUCGCAAACGGUCUACUUCUUGUUGAACUUCAACUUGUGCGAGAGACAGAUUUGGCUUACUCGUCACGGUGAGAGCAUUGAUAACCUUAGUGGUCGUAUCGGUGGAGACGCAUCGCUUACAAAGCGUGGUCAGCACUUCUCGAAGACCCUUACCCGUUUCUUGAACUACCAGCGUAAGGAGUUCAGGAAGAAGCAGCUCGAGAAGUUCUCGACUCGACUUGAAUUGCGUUUUAAUGAAUUGGCAGGUACCAAGAAGGGCAUCAAGAACGGAUCAGCUACUGAGAAGAAGGCGAAUGUGGGUCACAUCCCUACCGAACCAAGCUUCUGUGUUUGGACUUCGAUGUUGAUUCGUGCUGUUGAGACAGGAAGUUACUUUGACGAGCUGGCCUACCACAUCAAGGCUAUGCGGAUGUUGAACGAGCUUGGUGGAGGCAAGUACGAAGGUAUGACCUAUGACGAGAUCAAGACCAAACAUCCGAAGGAGUUCGAGAGCAGGAUCAAAAACAAGCUCACUUAUAGAUAUCCCGGCGUGGGAGGCGAAUCCUACCUCGAUGUCCUUGUUCGUUUGCGUCCGGUAAUCAGUGAGAUUGAAAGAACUACUGAUCACCUUUUGAUCGUAUCGCACAGAGUGGUUUUGCGUGUGCUUCUCGCCUACUUCCUUAAUUUGGACAAAUCCUCCAUUGUCGACUUGGACGUGCCAUUGCACACGUUGUACUGUCUUGAGCUGAAGCCAUACGGUACAGAGUACGCCAUGUACGAGUACGAUGAGCAUGCCGACUGGUUCAAGAAGAUCGAGCCGGAGCACCAGAAGAACGUGAGAGAAGUCGGCGUCAACUUCCGUGAGAGGAAGUACUCGGUCAUUCCUACGGCUCCACCCAGCUCUAACGGUCAAAGAAGAACCACGAUCGGCAGAGCCGGAAACAAAGAUGCCGUUCCAAGGCAGGUCGGCAGCACUGCUCUCCGCAAGAGUAUCAGUCUCGGAAACGGAGAAGGCACCAACGAGCCUGCUGUGCCUACUCCAUUCACUGAAGGCGUCAGAGUCAACUCGCUGAGCUCCAGAAAACUUGCUGAUUUGAACAAGUUGAGAAACCCUGGAGCCAGCCAAACCUGA